ACCAACUCCCAGAGGGUCUGAAUCCCUAUUUAUAGAGAGCACAAUCCCCACUUCACACUCGCUCUGCCUCUUCUCUCAUCUUCUUCGUUGGUCACAAACCCUUCUCAUUCAUCAUGUCUUUGUCGGUCGAGAAAACCACAGGUGGCCGCGAAUACAAGGUCAAGGACCUUUCCCAAGCAGACUUUGGUCGCUUGGAGAUCGAGCUCGCUGAGGUCGAAAUGCCGGGCCUCAUGGCCUGCCGGGCCGAGUUCGGCCCAUCACAGCCCUUCAAAGGUGCUAGGAUCACCGGUUCCCUCCACAUGACCAUUCAAACCGCUGUUCUCAUUGAAACCCUCACCGCUCUCGGCGCCGAAGUCCGCUGGUGCUCCUGCAACAUCUUCUCCACCCAGGACCAUGCUGCCGCCGCCAUCGCCCGCGACAGCGCCGCCGUCUUCGCUUGGAAGGGUGAGACCCUCCAGGAGUACUGGUGGUGUACUGAACGCGCCCUUGAUUGGGGCCCUGGUGGCGGGCCUGAUCUCAUCGUUGAUGACGGUGGUGAUGCCACUCUCCUUAUUCACGAGGGUGUUAAGGCCGAGGAGGUUUAUGAGAAGACUGGUCAGCUUCCUGACCCUGCUUCCACCGACAACGCUGAAUUUCAGAUCGUACUUACUAUUAUUAGGGAUGGGUUGAAGACUGAUCCUAAAAGGUACCGCAAGAUGAAGGAGAGGCUCGUUGGGGUUUCUGAGGAGACUACCACUGGGGUUAAGAGGCUUUAUCAGAUGCAGGCGAAUGGGACUCUCUUGUUCCCUGCUAUUAAUGUUAACGACUCUGUCACCAAGAGCAAGUUUGACAACUUGUAUGGGUGCCGUCACUCCCUCCCUGAUGGACUGAUGAGGGCUACUGAUGUGAUGAUUGCCGGGAAGGUGGCUGUUGUGUGUGGAUAUGGUGAUGUUGGAAAGGGUUGUGCUGCUGCCUUGAAGCAGGCUGGGGCUCGUGUCAUUGUUACUGAGAUUGAUCCAAUUUGUGCUCUUCAGGCUCUUAUGGAAGGCCUUCAGGUUCUUACCUUGGAGGAUGUUGUUUCUGAGGCAGAUAUCUUUGUCACCACCACUGGUAACAAGGACAUCAUCAUGGUUGACCACAUGAGGAAAAUGAAGAACAAUGCCAUUGUCUGCAACAUUGGUCACUUUGACAAUGAGAUUGACAUGCUAGGACUUGAGAAUUACCCCGGGGUGAAGCGCAUCACAAUCAAGCCUCAAACCGACAGAUGGGUUUUCCCUGAGACCAACUCCGGCAUCAUUGUCUUGGCCGAGGGUCGUUUGAUGAACUUGGGUUGUGCCACUGGACACCCUAGUUUUGUGAUGUCCUGCUCCUUCACCAACCAGGUCAUUGCUCAGCUUGAAUUGUGGAAGGAGAAGAGUAGUGGCAAGUAUGAGAAGAAGGUGUAUGUUUUGCCUAAGCACCUUGAUGAGAAGGUGGCUGCUCUUCACCUUGGCAAGCUUGGAGCUAAGCUUACCAAGCUUAGUAAGGAUCAGGCUGAUUACAUCAGUGUGCCGGUUGAGGGUCCAUACAAGCCUGCUCACUACAGGUAUUGAGAUUGAGGUGAUGAAGGGGUGAUGGAGAGUGAGAGGAAGGAGAAACCGUUCAUGGAUCGGCUUGAUUGUUUCAUUUUCAUUUUUGGAUUUUUGUUUUUUAGACUUCUCGGAUUUGUGGUAGAAGAAUGAAUUAGACGUUUCUGAUGUCGGUAGAUUUUCUGUUCGAGUGGGUGGGACGGGUAAUGAGCAUGGCAGCCCAUUGGUUUCUGUGAGUUGAGACCAAAUGGGUUUGAAUAAGGCUUGUUUCUGUUUGGGGAUGUGUGCAUUUAGUAGCUGAAAUCUGUGUUUAUGGGCAUCUUAAUAUAUCAAAAGAAAAUAAGGAUAUAAAAAACAAAAAAAAAA